CAGAAAAAAAAAGCGUCUGCUCACUUUUAUAGUUACAGCAGACAAUAAUUCACGAACUGACGAAAUUGCAUCCACUUUUACAACCUUUUAGUUGUUGUUGCUUCGUGUCGGUAAGUCAGUAAUCUGUAACGCAGCGAAAUCGUUUAACGACAUUCCGCUUUUUUUCACUUUAAUAACCCCUUUCACUCAAUUCGUGUUGUAGCAACAUAACCUCACUUUUUCAUGCCAUUGGUGCUUCGCCCCCGAACACCAUGACUACCGUCGCUCUGGACCCCACCGUCGAGCUCCCGUUAACCGUCCAGUUGUACAGAAACGUCAAAAACGUGCCCGAGUUGCGCCAGAAAGUCAUCGCCGGACAAAUCAAGUGCUGUUUCAUAAACCCCAAAUAUAUAUUGGAUCCGUUUCAGUUAAUCGUGGCUGCCAAUAAAGCUCUCACUUGUGAAAAUCGAAUAACGAAGACUGUGUUCACCGAAAUUUUAUACAAUUUGUCGAUAUCUAAGAACAUUACGAGGAGUUUGCAGCAGUUUGGGAUCACUGAUGACUGCAGAGAUUUGUUGGUUGUGAUGGUAGGGGGCGAAAGUGAUGGUGCGGCGGCUCAAAUUGACGGGGAGGAGGCGGACUUGGGGGUGCUGGAGGAAAUACGGGAUUUGGGGGCUAUCAGGAAAGCCUACAAGAUUAAGGAACUGGAGGAGAAGAAUACAACGCUUCUGGAUUCAGUUGUUAGUAGAAUAGCGACAAAGGAUUUUAUAGUGCAUUAGAAUAGUAUUUAAUUGUAUUAAUCUUUAAGAAAAUGUUGGAAAUAUUUUUGGCUUUGGAUCAUUUUCCAGAGUUUCACUGAUUUACAUUUAAAAAAAAAAAAAACCAAGAAAAAAGCCGAAAACUAAAGUUCCAAUACGUUGUGAUUGAAAUCCAAUUAGAUUUUUCAAAGUAUUGUUGGUUGCCUAUCCUUUUGACUUUGACGUGUGAACAAUUUGGCAACGUUGAUUUUUUUGUUUAUAACUUGCAAACAACACGAAAAACCAUAACAUAGGAAAACCUUUUAUGUCAUAUUAAGUAAACUCUGGAUAGUAGGUGUUAAUUAUAGGACGAAUUAUUUAUGUUGGCAAGCAUGAAGGUUUUACCUGCCCCGUUGUGGAACUGUGGUUGUCACCCUUAAAUACAGGGUGCUGACAGUACUGCCAACCCGUCAGAUUCACCCUUCACCAGCUUCAUUUCGCUAAAGUACCAUUUGUACAGUUGUAAAUUUGUCAAGCAAGCUUGAGACACGGUAAAUUACGUGUUCUUGAUAAAUGCAGGCCUGUGUAACCCUCCCCUAACCACCCAAAAGUAACUAGGUAAAAAUUCCAAUAUUUCUAACUAAUCAAUAAUAACACAGUGUUAAUGUUUUUAUUUAACGUUAUUUUCCACGCUUCAAGGUCGCUUCGUAGUGUAAGCAAAUAAAAUUCACCUUCUUUUCUCGA